AUGCUGCCCCAUGUCGUCUUCGAGGCACCAGGAGCCAUGACCAACACAGCUCCUGCUGGCUCUUGCACCAGCUUCUCCAGCACCAAGGAAGAUCGCCUGGCUCCAGCCGUGCUGCGGCUCCUGCUCAUGCAGGAGAAGCUGGCCCAAUGUGUAGGCGAGGGUCCCACCAAUGCAGCUGGGACCUGGACAAGGCUCUGGUCUCCUGCAGCCAUCACUGUCGGGAUACACAGCGAUACACUGAGCAGGCACCUCAAGAAUCUAGGAUUUAAAUCAUCCACAGUAAAAGAGUGCAUCCAUGGGAUACUGGUGGAGAGGCUGGCCAAUGUGCAGUUCAUCCCAGAUGAAAUGUCUGAGCUUACACAGUCUUUAUCAGAGGCAAUAAAAGACAGACUGAAAGACGAGGGAUUUGACAGGUACAAAAUGGUGGUGCAGGUUGUGAUUGGAGAGCAGAGAGGAGAAGGAGUAAAUAUGGCUGCACGAUGUUUCUGGGAUGCUGACACUGACAGCUAUGCCCACGACGUGUUCAUGAAUGACAGCCUGUUCUGUGUGGUAGCUGCAUUUGGCUGCUUCUACUAUUGA